AGGACAGGGGGAAGACAGCUCAAGGAAGUAACCUGGACUCCUUAAGGAAACCAUUUUCUACUAUUUCUGACUUACCAAACAGAAAUCAGCAGGAUGGCUCAUCUGGAGGAAGCAAAGAAAUGUGGGUGUCUCUGUCCCCACAGACACCAAGUGAGGAUAAGAUUAAUGAGAGCUGCAAAGCUGGUGGCUGUGGUGGAAAUGAUCUCAGUCUGUCUGAAGGAGUGGAGGUGGACAAGUCCUUAGAUUUGGAAGAUGUAGAAACAGAAGAGACAUGCACUGGGUCUUUAGUUCUCCCAGGACAGGUGGAAGAGACAGUGACUUAUUGCACACCCUUUUUUGAGAAGCCUGUUCAACAGAAGUUGAGAACCUUGGCAGCUCCAGAGCCACCAGACAGCAAAGCCCAAGAGCUACUAGGAGAUGAUGUUCAACCCUUCUCACUUGAUGAAGAAUUUGAUUAUGACAACGUGGCACUGACCCCAAAGUUCUCUGAAGCUGAGCUGAAGGCCAUUUUAGAAUUCUCUGAAGAGAAGAAAACGGGGAUAGAUGUCAAGUCAGCAGGAGCUGGAGACUGA